AAAACGUGGUCCAAAAACAAAGAUUAAAAUAAUGAAUAAUUCAAAUCAAUAUCGAAGACCAGCAUUAAGCACUACGCAGGAUGACACAUUAUUAAUCUAUCGACAUGGAAAUUCCAAUUAUGGUGAUAUGACUAAUUUUCAAAAUAUUAAUUCUAUUAAUACUACACCAUUAUUACUUUACGAUUAUAAUGUUGCCACAUCGUCACCUUUAACUGAUUAUGUAAGCAAUCGUUCUUUUAGAGUGCCACCCACUUUACCAAGCAGUCAACCUCUCUUACCUUUUGCACCUUUUAAUUUGAGUGGUUAUUUUGCUUAUGAUUUCUGA